CUAUCUUCAUUAUAUUCUAAGGUGCUUCUGAUGCUUGCCUUCAAGAAAUUCUUUUGAGCUCCAGAAAGUUGGACGGUUUGCCUCGUGGCAUAAUACAAGCUAGGUCAGAUUUAGAGCUGAGGCCUUUAUGGCUGACUAGUUCAAAGUUAACGGUUGAUUAUAGCAAUCACAAUUUACUGGCUAUUGCAGCUGGUAUUAAGCAGAAACAUAGUGUUGAUGAUAUUGUGCAAAAGUUUCUUCCAGAAAACUGUACGAUUAUACUAUUCCAUUAUGAUGGGAAUGUUAAAGGGUGGUGGGAUCUUGAGUGGAGUAACCAGGCCAUACACAUAGUUGCCCACAACCAAACAAAGUGGGUGGAGGGGAACUCUUGGUUAUGCUGCACCAGAAGUUUGCCUGCGGUGUCCUAUAACCCACAAGUGUGAUGUGUACAGCUUUGGAAUGCUAUUAUUUGAGAUCAUAGGUAGAAGAAGGAACCUAGACCUGAAUCUGCCGGAGAGUCAAGACUGGUUUCCGAUGUGGGGAUGGAAGAAGUUUGAAGCUGGUGAACUAGAAGAACUAAUGGUAGUAUGUGGUAUAGAUGAAAAAGAUAAAGAGGCAGCAGAGAGAAUGGUAAAAGUAGCUAUAUGGUGUGUUCAGUAUAGCUCCGAGUUGAGGCCUUUGACGAGUGUAGUGGUGAAAAUGCAGGAAGGAGCACUUGAAAUUCCUAAGCCUUCAAUUAACCCAUUUGAGUACUUGAUGCCAGGUGGAUCCUCCAAUUGAAAUAAAAGAAAGAACACUACUAGAAGUUCCUGGAUAUGAGAACCCUGUUGAAUUUGGUGUUAUGACUUUAUUUGCAUAUCCUGUGGAAGAAGAUUUAGGUGAGAUAGUUGUUGCAACUACCCGAAUAGAGACGAUGCUCGGUGAUACUGCUAUCGCAGUGCAUCCUGAUGAUGAAAGAUAUAAGCAUCUUCACGGUAAACAUGCAAUCCAUCCAUUUAAUGGAAGAAGGAUUCCUAUAAUAAGUGAUGAAAUUCUUGUUGAUCCAGAGUUUGGGACUGGUGCUGUCAAGAUUACCCCGGCCCAUGAUCCUAAUGACUUUAUGGUUGGGAAGCGCCAUAAUCUUGAGUUUAUCAACAUCUUUACUGAUGAUGGAAAAAUAAACCAGUAUGGGGGAGCAUUUGAAGGGAUGCCACGCUUCAGAGCCCGAGAGGCUGUGACUGAUGCAUUAAAGAAGAAGGGCCUCUUCAAAGAAACUAAGACCAAUGAGAUGUGUCUUAGAAUUUGCUCUAGAAGUAAAGAUGUUGUGGAGCCUAUGAUAAAGCCCCAGCGGUACAUUAAAUGCAGCGAUAUGGGAAAUGAAGCUCUCAAUGCUGUCGCUGAUGAUGAAAAUAGGAAGCUGGAGAUUAUCCCAAGACAGUAUACUGCUGAAUGGAAGAGAUGGCUUCGUAACAUUAGUGAUUGGUGUGUCUCGAGGCAACUUUGGUGGAGUCACCGUGUUCUGGCACGGUAUGUUGUUUUUUAGGGUGAUAACAACGAAGAAUUUGGAAAAAAAUUUGAGCGAUGGGUGGUUGCAGGAAGUGAGGAAGAGGCUCAAGCAUUGGCUGAUCAAAAAUAUGAGGGAAAGAAGUUUCGAUUAGAACAGGACUCAGAUGUGCUUGACAAGUGGUUUUCGUCUGGUCUUUUCCCAUUGUCGGUAUUGGGCUGGCCGGAUGAUCCAGAAGAUUAAGAACUUUUUAUCUAAAUUCAGUUGUUGAAACUGGGCACGACAUUCUCUUUUUCUGGGUUGCUCAUAUGGUGAUGCUUGGAAAUAUAUUGGGCGGUAAUGUUCCCUUUACUAAGGUGAGCAAGUUUUUUACAUAUUUUUUUUAUUUUCUGUCUUUUGUUGUAGAUGCCGCGAAGUCAAAUGCUCCUUCAGGUGUUAGACAUUUUGUUUGUAACUAUGUGAUAGUUUCUCAACUAUAAAACUUCUUAACUGCUAUUUAUAUUUCUUUUUCUCUAUAAAAGCUAGCUAUAAGAAGAAGAGAGGUUAUGGAGAUAGGCAAGUGGGUCUCUAUAUAUUAAGUUGAUAGAUCGGCUUGUAAGCUUUGAUUUAUACACAAUCCUA